GCAAUGAAACGUCGGUGGUUUCCGUGUCAUUACGUCUCGUUAGGCUAUUCGGAAUCCUUCGGACGUAAAUAUAGCUCAACGCGCAUUUGAAUUUCAGGAAAAGAACGGAGAAUGCCUAAAUUGCAUCUGAAGAAUACGUAACUUUUUUUAAAAAAAAAUUAACGCUCUUUUAGAAUGUGUUGAUUGUUUUAACAACAUAAAUGCAUGGAAUACGGUUAAACUCAUGCUACGAAUUUCGCCAGUAAUGCACACAGUUAUUCGAUUUUCGAUUUGUUAAAGUGGUCAUCAGUACUUAAGAGGUAUAAAAAAUAUUUAGAUAACAUUUAAUGUGUUGCUUUGAAUGCCAAAUUUAAAAAAGAGUAAUAUAUAUCUUGUAGUAUUUUGGUACUGUACUGUUGCUGGAUUUAUCUUAUUUAUACCGGUAUGAAAUGAAAACUUACGAUAUUACAAUAGAAAAACCUAUGAAAGUAUGUUUCAAUGAUUCUAUCAAGAUGCAUGAGCAAGGAAAGACAGACGGGAAAACCAAGAAAUAUGAAAUAAACGAUGACAGUAAUUUCAGUAUACAUGCUGAGAAUGUGAAAGAAUUCCUCAGAAAGUACAAACUGCAUUUCAAGACUGCAAGAAACAUUCUCCUGUUGGUUCUUUAUCUCGGUUACUAUGGCUACGCGAUGUAUUGUAACUUUGGAGAUGAACCUUCCAUCCGACUGACAGUAUUCACGGCGUUUGGCGUAGCAUAUAUAAGCUGGAAGAAUUUUCAGAAACUGGUGUGUUAUAGAAGGACAUGGGGAGCAUUUCGCAAGCAACUUUAUUCAGUUUAUACCGAUGGUAGAAGGCCCAAAAUUACUCAGUGGUUUUUCUACACCGUGUGGGGUAUCCUAUGUGUUGUUUAUAUCAUAAUAAACGUCGCUUUAAAAGAGGCAAGGAAUCUAAGACCUCUUGCUGGUAUUGUGGUAUACAUCCUCCUUCUGGUCCUCAUUUCCAACAACCGAAAACGGAUACACUGGCACUGUGUGUUUUAUGGUAUCAUUCUUCAAUGUCUAUUUGGGCUUUUUAUCAUCAAAACUACAGCAGGUACAACAACAUUAUUGUGGUUUUCGGACCGUUUGACAGAGUUCAUGCGUUACGCUGAUGUUGGUUCCCGGUAUGUUUUUGGCGAAAAAUAUUUGGAUCAUAGCUUUGUAAUGCAGACUAUUCCUGCCAUUAUUGUGUUUCUUGCGGUCAUUCAAGUGCUGAUGUAUCUUGGAGCUAUUCAAUUUGUUGUGAAGCUUAUAGGAACACCAAUGGCAUAUAUACUUGAUGUAUCAGCACCUGAGGCAAUCAAUGCUUGCGCUAAUAUCUUUCUGGGAGGGGCGGAAGCAGGUGCAAUUGUAUUAGAGUACCUCUUUACGAUGCCAACAUCCAGACUGUUUGCUAUUAAUGUCGGUGGUUUAGCUUCAUGUGCGGGAUCGGCUUUAAUCCAGUACAUGGCAUUUGGUGUGCCGAUUAAAUACUUGUUGGCUGCGUCGGCUAUGUCAGCUCCUGCAGCUUUAGUUUGUGCCAAACUCGUCUACCCCGAUAGAGAGGAAGAUGCGCUGAAAGAAAACGUGCAAGAUAUAUCAUCAGUUUCGACAACAAAUGAAAAUGGAUUCAAUCGACAUGCAUCCAAUGAAUUUAUGAAAGAAACGCUCCAACGUAUUCCAGUGGAAAAUAAUUCUGAAAAGGAAGGAGAAACAGUUAUAUCGGACGCAAUUGAUGAUGAAAGUGAAAAUGAUCAGAAGGAAAUGAAGAAUGAACACAGCCCUAAUUUUAAGAAACCGACAAGUGUUGGCGAAGCUCUUGUAUUUGGCACAAAGAAUGGAAUAAAACUUGCGACAAGUAUUAUUGGAUUGUUGAUUGUCUCCCUUGCUGUACUGGAACUACUGAACAAAACUGUAGAGUGGUUUGGGGAUCGAGUCAAUAUUCACAUCACAUUUAAUCUUAUCUUAUCCUAUCUGUUUUACCCGUUUGUGUAUGUCAUGGGAGUUGAUACUGAGGAUUGUCUACGAGCUGGCGAAUAUUUGGGGCUUCGUACAUUAUCAAGUCCCGGAAUUCCAUAUAUUAAACUUGGUCGACUAAUCCAAAACAGACAGCACUUGACCGCCUAUACUAAGGCAUUUAAUGAAUCGCUAGAAUACGACAGAGCAAGUGAUAUAUUCCUCCCUAACUGGAACAUGACACUCACAGACGGUGUUUUCUCGGAAAGAUCAGAACUUAUAGUGACGUAUGCAUUGUGUGGCUAUGCAUCGAUUCCCACGAUUGGUAUUACGUUUGGACUGACAACAGCAUUCAUCCCACACAGACUUCCCGAGAUAUCAAAACUAGGGCCAAAGAUACUAAUAGCUGGAACAGUGGCAAGCUAUCUUACAGCAUGCGUAGCAGGGCUGUUAUCCUAAGGAGUCACUUGAGUUAUCUUAAGGAGUCACUUGAUGGUCCGGAAAAUACGAUAUACGUACAUUAAACACGUGUACAUACAACUAAUAUAUGUCAUAAAUCUUAUAUACCAUGUUUAGUUUCAUAAACAAACAAUUUUAACAUGGAUAUUCCUACAGAUUUUAAAAUGUUAAUUGUCCGGUUUUUUGUGUAUAUAUAACUAUUUUUUUACUAUGGAAAGCAUCUAAACUAUAGCUACUUUUUAAAUGGCCCGUUUCGGAAUGAUGCUCAUAUUGCUCUUUUUCCGGUUUUAACAUUUUGGUUGUAGACUGGUUAUACAUUUGACAUACAUACUCUAUAUUAACAGAAAAAAUACUGGUAUGAAAGAAAGGGUCUUCUGAAAACCCAGUUGCUUAAAGUACUUCUGAAAGCAAAAAAGGAGGUCAUACAUGUAUGUUCGAAUCUUUGGUGAUAAGAGCGACUCCGUGAUGGCUGAAUGAAAACACAAUAUAUAAAAUAAUUUGUCAUAUCAACUAAUUCAUGUAGAGAUGUUGUCAAUUUUUGCGGAGAACAGUUUAAUUCUUGUAUUCCAUGAAUAGUACGAACUGUAUAUAACUAAAAUACUGCGUUUAAUCGAAUAUGUCUACAUGUAGCUCAUUUGAAAGCGAAGAACGCAAAUAAGUGAAUUACAAGCAAAUUUACGCUUUAAAUUUGACAGUUUGAUUCCAGAGAAGCAGAAGUAAUGAGCAACGGAGUGUACUUUAAGCCUGUAUCAGGACGCUUACAGGUUAGUUAAGUCCAUAAGGAAGUUAUUUGAGAGCAUAAAGCGCACUGAAGUAAAAUAAUAGCUGGCUCAGACAGAUUGGGUAGGUGAGUUAGAGGUAAAACUGUGCAACAUUUCGCCUACCUCCCACAACACCAGUCUAAACGAAUUUCAGUAAAAAGCGUUGAAUGGAAUAGAUGGUCCUAAGAAAUAAGAAACAAUUGUAAAACAGAGUCAGAAUACGUGAAGAUAUUUUGCGACAUUAAGACUGCUGUUGUGAAGAUAAAUCAUAUAUAUAUGACAAUAUUCUUUGAAAGUAUAGAACGCAUCCAAGCAUUGCAAUAGAAGAAUGUGUUCGAAUGAGUCCGUUCAUGAGAUUUUGCGACAUUAAGACUGCUGUUGUGAAGAUAAAUCAUAUAUAUGACAAUAUUCUUUGAAAGUACAGAACGCAUCCAAGCAUUGCAAUAGAAGAAUGUGUUCGAAUGAGUCCGUUCAUGAGAUUUGAUGAAAUAUCACAAAACGAGAAUAGUCCACAUACAUGUAAACGAUUACUUAUCAGCAGGCAGUCAGCAGAUAAUCGAUUUGUUGGUGGCAAACAUUACAAAAGAUAAAGAAUAUAGAUUUACAAAUGAAUACUACAGUCAAACAAUACACAUUUGUAUAUUCAUAAUGACAGAAAAACGUACUAGCUACU